GAUAUUAUAUAUAUGUGUGUAUGGUGUCUUUUAGCAGCCAUCAUUGUGUGCGUCGGUGAGCAGCAGCAGCAGCAGCAGCAGCAGCGAGGAAGAUUCAGCGCACAUCGCAACCAUAGGUAUCCUCGGCAUCGAGACGAUGGACGUGGGCUCAUCCGGCUCUUUUCCUGCACGCGCGGUGCGAUCUUUUUCCGCCCAGUCUCAUCCGCAUCUUCCCAAUGUUGCAAGGUGUCUUUGAAGCGGCUGAAGGACCUCUGGAGGAAAUGAGAAGAAAGGUCUAUUUCGACUCACGCCUGUCAAGAUGGAGGCAUCGUUGACGUCAAACGCGUCCCACUAGAACGCCAUUCUCCAUGAGAGCAAGGGGCCUGUAACCUGUAAGCCUGCAAUUCCGCUUUCUAUGAGCGCUGAUUCUCAACGAAGAAUUGAUCCCACCGCCGGCGACCCAAUGUAGGAACCGCCCCCCGCCUUUUAUUCUCACCACUCUCGCUUGGAUUUCAGCGUUCAGUUAAAUCCACCAGAACAGAGUAUGCCAUCUGCACCUUUUCACAGAAUCCUACGACCCCUUCUGCUCGGCACAUUCAUACUGGGAUGCUUUGUCACUCUGUUUUUGAUGUAUUUUAAACCGUCCACCAGCUGGCUAUCGGGUCCCGUCGAGUCAACCGUGUCCACAGACCGAGUUAGUAACCUCUUCUCCACCAAGAGCGACAAGAACGUGACCACAGUGCUAAUCUGGCUCUGGCCCUUCGGACAGACCUAUGACCUGAGUGUGUGCAGCUCUCUGUUCAACAUCGACGGCUGUUUGGUCACAGCGGACAGGAACCUCUUCAAUAAGUCCGAUGGGGUCAUCAUCCAUCAUCGCGACAUCUGCACCGACUUGUCCAACCUGCCGCCGCUCCAGCGACCAUCCUUCCAGAAGUGGGUAUGGAUGAAUCUGGAGUCGCCGUCGCACUCGUCCCAGCUGCCUGGGAUCGAGAACCUGUUCAAUCUGACUCUCAAUUAUCGUCAGGAUGCUGACAUUGAAGUGCCUUACGGGUCCAUCAUAGCGGCAGAAGGUGAGGAGGACUUUGUCCCACCCAGCAAAAACAAGUUGAUCUGCUGGAUUGUGAGCAACUGGAACCAGGACCACGUGCGGGUGAAGUACUACAACGAGCUGUAUAAACACAUUGAGGUUCAUGCGUAUGGACAAGCCUUCGGGGAGUACAUCUCUGACCAAGACUACUUCCCCACUAUUGCCAGCUGUAAGUUCUACCUGGCUUUUGAGAACUCCAUCCAUAAGGACUACAUCACUGAGAAGCUGUACAACCCGCUCUCCGUGGGCACGGUGCCCGUGGUCCUCGGGCCGUCCAGGCAGAACUACGAGAACUUUAUCCAGGGAGACGCCUUCAUUCACGUGGACGACUUCAUGUCACCCAAGGAGCUGGCCGACUACCUGCUGCUCUUGGACAAGAAUGAGGAGAUGUACCUCAGGUACUUUGAGUGGCGACGGCACUUUAAAGUAAAGAAGGCCUAUUUCUGGGCAGAGCACACAUGCCUGGCCUGUGAUUACCUGCGUAGGCACAAGGAAUAUAAGGCAUUCAAUAACCUUGACAAGUGGUACUGGGGUGGAUAGAGCUUUUAAGGGCUAUGCAGUGCUUUGUUGUUUUGUUGAAGGCAGUGAUUUAAGAUUCUUUUUCCUUCAUUUGACAAGAAGGUUAUUGUUCAUUGUUCUGUCAGAAGCCCCCAAAUUCUGUUGUUCUUUAGGCUCAGUGGCCCAGUGACAUGACCAUGCUGUUAUUUUGUUCAUUUGCAAGCCAAUUCUUUUUUUUGCCUUAUUUUGU